CCAACGCUUCAGUCUCUUAUUUCAUAUCAAUGUGGGCAUGAGUAUUCCAGGAAUAAUGCUGUUCCGUCAGAUUUUUCUCAUCAGUCUUGCGUUUUUUGGGAUGAUAUUGAGUGGGCUCAUUUACCUGAACAGUAAUCAGAACAGCUGCAAUCAGCAGAUAAUACAGCAAGUUGUCAUCAAGGAAACAUGGAAGCAAAAGGCUGUUGGAUUGCUGGGGUUGUUGUACGACCAGCCGAGUGCGUCGGUAGGUCGGACAGAUGUUGCUUCUGUGACACCAUGGUCAGCUCCAAUCAUUUGGGAGGGAACCUUUGACCCCACACUGAUUGACUCUAUCUACAAACAACAGAAUCUCACCAUAGCAACCACUGCCUUCGCUUUGGGAAAAUACACUCGUUUUGUCAAAGACUUUCUGGAGUCAGCAGAGGAGCAUUACUUUGUUGGAUUUCGAGUGCAUUACUACUUGUUUACAGAUCAACCAGAAUCAGUUCCUGAAGUGAAGAUGGGUGAAAACCGCAGUUUGACAGUUCUAAAGGUUCAGAGUUUGAACAGAUGGCAGGACAUCAGUAUGAAAAGGAUGGAAAAACUGGAAAAACUAAUAGAGAAUGAACUGUCCAGUGAGGUCUACGACUAUAUUUUCUGCCUUGACAUAGAUGGAAAGUUCUAUGGCCGGUGGGGUGCGGAGUCUUUGGGUCGUCUGGUAGGUGUGAUACAUCCUUGGUUCUAUAAUGUUCCAAGGAAUCAAUUCACAUAUGAGCGUAGACCAGAGUCUCUAGCAUACAUUCCAGCUGGGGAAGGUGAUUAUUAUUAUGCUGGUGCUGCAUUUGGUGGCACUUUGGAGGAUGUACUUCAUCUCACCAAAACCUGCAGCAAGCAGCUGAAAAUUGAUGCUGCAAACUCCAUUGAGGCGUUAUGGCAAGAGGAAUCUCACUUGAACAAGUAUUUCCUUUUGAACAAACCUAGUAAACUGCUCUCUCCUGAAUAUAUGUGGCGGAGCAUCAGUGAAGGUGCAGCCCAAAUAAAAAUAGUUCGCUUCACUAGCGUACCUAAAAACUAUGCUGAAGUUCGUCCAAACACAUAAAAACUGUUGCCAGUAUUCAGCUACACUGACAUGGUGUGUUCUUACAGUCGUACCAUAAGACAUUGUGAAUCUGUUAACAGGUCAUACUGGCAACAGGGAAGUCAACAUCUGCCACCAAGAAAUGGAUAAUCGCAGACAUGUACAGAUGUUUAUGAGCACAAUGUGGCAUCAGAAACUAAAUCUGCCAAAACACUCACAAUACGAACUUAUCAAACUUUUGGCAAUACUCUUUAUUAUGAAACCGAACUCAAUUUGCGUGUUUUGAAAGCACCGACAAUCCUUUGUUUUACCACUUUUAUUGAGAGAGUUGAGGGAGGAUGUUUAGGGAGCUACAAGGACUAAAGUUAAAACUAAAUAUCAUAUUUAAAUGAUAUUUUCUGGGUAAUACUGCAAAAAUAUAACCUGCCUUUUUGUAUGCUUGGGUAUCCACUAAAAUAAUGUGUAACAUACAACAUUUUGACACUGUAAAACAAAUUUACAACUAUGUUAUACAUGUAUAUUAUUUAUAUAAAUAUUAUAUCCUUUGAAUUGUAUAUGUUUAUAUUUGUAUAACUAUGUAUACUUGUUUAAUACUUGUAUAAUUAAAUGUUUUUAUGAAUAUACAUUUUAACAUAAACACAUUAUUAACUAUUAUAUAGAUAAUAGCACACUAAACUAAACUCAAUGAUAAGAGAAAGAAAGACAAAAAAAAUCACUGUUUACUAUUGUCCCCUUGCAUUAAUGAUACACAAUUUUCCUGUUUGACAAGUUAUAUUCUAU